AUGAAUCGCUGGGCAGGAAAGUUGGCUGUAGUAACGGGUGCGAGCUCGGGAAUCGGUGCUGCCACGGCCAAGGCACUGGUCAACGCUGGAAUGGUUGUCGUCGGUUUAGCCCGGCGAGUAGAACGUGUGGAAGCGCUGAAGAAAGACUUGCCGAGUUCGGUUCAGGAAUCGCUGCAUGCAGCUAAAUGUGAUGUUUCGAAGGAAGAAGAUAUAGUGGAAAUGUUCGGAUGGGUCGAGCAAACAUUCGGAGGAGUCGAUGUUUUGAUUAAUAAUGCAGGAAUUAUGCCGGAUGGAAGCCUGCUCGAAGCGGAUAGUGAAACAAUUCGAGAAGUACUGGAAACUAAUGUGGUUGGGUUAGUGUUAUGCAGUCGUGAGGCAUUCCAGUCAAUGAAGAAACGCUCAGUGGAUGGUCACAUCGUUCACAUCAACAGUGUGGCGGGUCAUCAGGUGCCCAACUUUCCUCGCCUGAACGUUUAUCCGGCCUCCAAGCAUGCCGUUACGGCUAUUACGGAGACUAUGCGGCAGGAGCUGAGAACUGAGGGAACAAAAAUUAAAGUAACGAGUAUUAGCCCAGGCGGAGUUAAAACUGGACUUUUGCCAGAAGCAGCCCUCACGAAAAUGCCUCUACUCGAUCCUGAAGAUAUUGCUCAAGCCAUUUUGUAUGCUAUUGGAACCCCACCAAAUGUACAGGUUCACGAUUUAACUAUCAAACCAAUAGGGGAAAUAUUUUGA